UGCUACACGUCCGAAGGAGUGGAGCUCACACGAGUCACGGUGGUCGGCUGGGACCUGAGGCCCGUCUACGAGAAGCUCGUGAAGCCGCGGGGACAGAUACUGGACUACAACACGCGGUUCAGUGGCCUGACAGAAGAGGACAUGGUGGGCGUGAAGACGAACCUAAGGGAUGUCCAGGCUGCCCUGCUGGCCCGUUUUUCGGCCGACACAAUCCUCUUGGGCCACAGUCUCGACUCGGACUUGCGCGCCCUGCGGCUGAUUCACGAGACUGUCGUCGACACGGCCGCCGUGUUCCCCCACCGACGGGGACUCCCUUACAAACGAGCCCUGCGUACCCUCAUGGCCGAACACCUCAGCAAGAUCAUCCAGAAUGGAGUGGAUGGUCACGACAGCCAAGAAGAUGCAGCCGCCUGCAUGGAGCUGAUGCUGUGGAAAGUGCGUGACGACCUCAAGAAAGGUGCACGAUGAUCGCUUGGAUGUCUCCAGCAAUACCAAACAUGGCUGCUAGAAAGAGCAACACUCGAUCCACUUCGCUGGAGCAGGGAGUGUGACCGGCCUUGUCCGCUGGCGUUGCGAAAAGACUGCACUGUUGGCUCAGGCGGUUCAUGACAAGCUGCUUGCUAAGAACAAUUAUAGAAGUGUCAGAGUAUUCAAAGCCUGCGGUGGUUUCAGAUUACCCCGGGUUCGUCCCCACCUGAGAACCUGCCUUGCGAGAGCAAUGCUAGCAGUUCUCACAGACGAAGUUGAGGCACACCCUGAAAAAACCACGUGUAUUUGAUUGCGUUGAAAUAAUGCUUCAUCCACCUAAACUUUGAAAUGGCUGCUCUCGCUCUAAAAGCAGUGUACUGAUUCAGAAGCGAGUGGGUUUGAACAAAUUCUAAAGCUUUUACAGAUAUGGGGGCAUGGAAAAAAUAAAUGUCUGACAGAAAAAUUUUAUCCUUAAAUUAGGGGAAAAGAAGCAUGAGUACUUUUUCAGUGUCGUCUGGGAUUUUUAUGAAAGCUGCCACACGAAGCCGCAUGAGAAGCUUGGCAGUGACUUUAAAUUUCGCGAGUAUUUGUUGCACAGACUUGUGUCUGAUUGCUUUUCUUGCCGCGCUUCCAAAGGUCACACGUGUUUAACUUUGAGGAAGGCAGAGUCUGAGAUAAGUGUGAUAAAAGGAUGUCUUUUAUGUGUUUUGUUAAAGUAGAUAAAGUUGCAAGAGAAGGAAAGGGUGAGUUCUGUUCGCUUAGUGCCUGUCGAUUAAAAUGUAAGUGAUAAAGAAGUCACCCCUUUCUCACUUGCCAAGCACAGCUUCUUGACUUUGUGAGCAUGCGAAGCACUGCGAUCCGCGCCUUCAUUACACCUAGCACCUCUUGGGUGGUGUGCAUUGCCAGUGCUGGUCGCCUUUGGAAUGCACGCUGCUGUCAUUGCUCCCAUGUCCCAUUGUUAGCAUGGCUGGGGUCGUGUUUAAGACGGGGAUUUGUAACCGAUAUUUAUGUAUAUAUU